CCCCCCCACAAGGGAUGCCUUAUCCAAGAGGACUUCGGUUUCUUCUCUUCAUCCUUUGAGUUAUCUUGAUUUUCUUAAGUCUUUUUUGGACUCCACUCGCGGACAACAAGAACUUUACUAUUGGGAAGUUCGACUUCAAGUAAAACAUGUGUUCUACAAGAGAGGAAAGAGAUAACGCUUCACGAGGAUUUGGUCAAGUCACCUUGAUCCUAGCUGAACUUUAGUAUUUUAAUUCCACUCCAACUUUGCAUUGUUCAUAAUUCUUCAAAUCUAAUUCUACAAAAUAAAUUAAUAAAAUAAAAGAAGUGCAAGCUGAGUCACCUUGGGAUACCCCAACCUAAGAAGGACACUAUAAGCCGCCAAGAGAGAAGAGCUUUUAUUUUAGUUGUUGUCUAUUUAGUUUAAUUAUUAUUUUAAUACAAUUUUGGGUUGUAAUUAAAUUAAGAGUUUAAUCAAGAUUUUAAUUUCUGAGUUCUAUUAGAAUUAGACAAGUGAAUGCCUAUAUAAAGGCUUCCCUCCUUCAGUUGUAAUCAUUCAAUCUCAGAUCAAUAAAAAUUAUUCAGUUGUUUACUUUAAACUAUUGCUAAUUGUGAGUGUUCAACCAAGUGAGGUUUCUUUAACCGUCUUGUUGAGUUUAGUAAUUGGAUCAACUUAUCAAGGUGUACUUGUAACGUCCUUCCGUUCCUGUUUUAAUUCCUAAUUACCUUGGUUUACAUUCACAAGUUGAAUGUGGGUUAAGUAAGAAAGAUUUAUUUAAGAAUUUAAGUUAUCUGCAUGCUGAUGUUAUAUGUGGGAUUUUUGAUUGCAUGUGUUGAUCCUAGGUUCCGCAUUAGAAAAUCUAUUGACAGAAAUUUUUAUAUGGGUUAAAAAGAGUCUUUUUGGAGUUCGGUUUGGUUUGGAAAGUCUCCUGAAGUUGUGAUGGAGUUUGGUUUACACUGGAGUUGACCAUUUUGUUUUUGUUCAUCAUUUUGUUGUUGGAAAUUUUUUUGUUAUCAUGUAUGUUGAUGAUAUUGUUAUCGCAUGUGACAAUAAGAAGGGAUUCAAGAGUUCAAGCUUUAAAUUCAAAAUUAAGAAUAAAUAUUUGGAGCCCUUGUGGUACUUGUUUGGUAUUGAGGUAGCUAUAUCAAAAUUGUAAUUUGUUUGUGACAAAAAAUGUGGUAUGGGCUAACAUUAUAUAACCCAAUUGAGACAUUGUAGAAUAGGCUAACCCUCUCUUAAUAUCUUUUUGAGCAAGAGCUAAAGUAACUUCUAAUAAUACUAUUAUUAUACCUAUCAAAGAAAUUAGAUACAUUAUGUAAGGUAUGCCUAUGAAAAGAGGAAGAAGCCAAGCUACAAGAAAAUUCCUGCCGCUACCAUAAUAGCAGCAUGUAUAAGAGCCGAAAUAGGAGUAGGACCUUCCGUCACAUCAGGUAACCAUACAUGAAGUAAAUUUCUGAAUGAGAUAGGGUGUUGGGACCUAAACCAGUUAAUACUCCUCGGCCGCUAAUCUUGAAUUAGGUGCAGAUGGGAGUGAACUGUCGUGUGUUUAACAAUUCAAUUACCUCCUUGUGACACAUCCAGGAAUUUUGUUUCACUGUGAGUUUUAUAAGCCACUUUGUGGAAUCUCCUUGAACUAGUAAUUGAAAUUGGUUGUGCAUCUUAAGAUUUCUUAAUGGUGCAGUUGAGUGGAUUGCUCUAUAGAAUCAUGGGUAUACUUGGAUAUGGGGAUAGAAAAGUUAAUUGAGCUGGUUUUGCUUUUAAUCUUAGAUCUAGCGCUUGCUUUUGUGUCUUUAUGUGUGACAAAAUGGUGUCCUGGAAGAGCAAGAAGCAAACUAUAGUUGACAGAUCUAGUAUUGGGUUCAGGAAAUUGAGCUGUGGCUCAUACUACAUGAGUUGAUUUGAUUGAAAGAUCUAUUUUAUGAAUUUGGUUUUCAUAAUCACAACCAAGCAAUGAUCCAUAUUUCUUAGACACAAUUUUUCAUGAGAAAAUUGAAUAUAUUGAGUUUUUUUUUUUAUUUUUUAUCAUUUUAGUCGAGAAAAGAUUCUAAAAAAAUGUGAUUAAGACCAUUCAUCUGAAGUCAGCAAACUAACUAGCUGAUGUACUUACAAAAUCCUUACAUGUUUGUGUGAAGUUCAAUUGUAAUAAACUUGGUGCAGAUAGUACAUAUGCUCAAGCUUCAAGGGGAGUGCUGCAGUAUAAAUAUCUUUCCUUUUAGUUAUUUUCUUUGUAUGAUCUUUCUUACAAAGUUAAUUUUCUUAUGUAUUGGUUUUCUUUUCUCGGAUACAUAUUCCCAUAAAUAUUAAUAUUUUCUUUUGAACAUAUGUUGAACUUAAAACAUUUGUACAACUUGGUGUAGGAGCCAGUUGUUGCUCUGUUUUUGUUAAUUAGUUUCAGCAAAUGUAGGGUAUAUUUGUGAUUGAUUCACGUGUUGUGCCUUGUAGGCUUGCAUGUGAAGGUAUGUGUUGUAUAAAUAAUAGAUUAACUGCUUUUCUAUUAUGUUAAACAUUUUGGAUUGAUCAUAAUCAAUCAUUUAACAAAAGCAAAUGGAGUCUCAAUUACUACUUUUGACACGAUAAUCGUUUAUUGCGUCCCUGAGUUGAAUUUGGUGCUGCACUGGUGCUCGAGUUCAGCUGCAAAUUUCAAUUUUUUUCUUGACCUUGUAAAUGUAUAUUGUGAUGGCAGUGGUAAGACACUACGUGAUUUCUUGGAGGCCCUUCCCCGGGAAUGGAUUCCUGAAGAUCUGAUGGAAGCACUUGUCAAUAGGGGAGUCCAUCUAUCUCCCACAAUAUUUGAAGUGGGAGAUUGGGUUAAGUUCAAAAGAAGUGUCACGAUGCCAACAUAUGGAUGGCAAGGUGCAAAACAUAAGAGUGUUGGCUUUGUGCAAACUGUUCUGGACAAAGAUAAUCUGAUUGUAUCAUUUUGUUCCGGUGAGGCUCGUGUUUUGGCAAAUGAAGUUUUGAAAGUGAUUCCCCUAGACAGGGGCCAGCAUGUUCAGCUUAAAACAGAUGUCAAAGAGCCAAGGUUUGGUUGGCGAGGUCAAUCACGUGACAGUGUUGGUACUGUUUUGUGUGUUGAUGAUGAUGGGAUUCUGCGAGUUGGGUUUCCUGGAGCAUCCAGAGGUUGGAAAGCUGAUCCUGCAGAAAUGGAAAGAGUUGAGGAGUUCAAGGUUGGAGACUGGGUUCGUAUCCGCCCAUCUCUUACAUCAGCAAAGCAUGGUUUACGAUCUGUAACGCCAGGGAGUAUUGGUAUAGUGUAUUGUAUCAGACCAGAUAGUAGUCUCUUGUUGGAAAUAAGCUAUCUUCCAAAUCCAUGGCACUGCGAACCAGAGGAGGUUGAGCCUGUUACCCCUUUCAGGUACAGAGAAUCUUGUUAA